AUGUUUCAAUUUUGCAAGAAACGGCUGUUUUUGAUCAUUGAAAGUUCAAAGAAAUUCAAGUCGGCGUUGGACUUUAAUGGAAGUAAAAAUGCGGAAAUUUCAUCUCCGCUGGGCUACAAUCCCAGUGCACUGGUGAAUCAAACCGAAGUGGUUCGCGAUCAGCGUUUGGUUAUAAAGAAAUCAUGGGAUCUGGCUCUGGGGCCGCUGAAGAAUAUACCCAUGAACCUCUUCAUCAUGUACAUGUCCGGCAAUUCUAUAUCGAUUUUCCCCAUUAUGAUGGUCGGCAUGAUGCUGGUGCGUCCCAUCAAGGCAAUGUUCACAACCCAAGUAAGCUCGAAAAUGGCCGAAGGCGUCCAGGGCACGGGUCAACGCAUAGUCUACUUCCUCGGCAACCUGGCCAACGUAGCUCUGGCCCUCUACAAAUGCCAUAGCAUGGGCCUGUUGCCCACACACGCCUCUGACUGGCUGGCCUUUGUCCAGCCGCAAACACGCUUGGAAUAUUAUGGAGGCGGAAUAUCCUUUGUUUAG